GAUCUGAGCAACAACAAAACAGCUCAGAGAGGCCGCCUGUGGGCUGGACUUGCCCCUGGGGGGGGCGGGUAGGAAGGGGACUGGAGGCAGUUGCUUAAAAGGUGGCAGAUUGUGGUGGAAUUGAGAGACAGCUGGGAAUCACAAGAGACCGAGAUCACCGGCACAGAAAGAGACAGCCGCCUUGGGUUCCACACUUGAGCAGAAACCCUGGAUGUGUGUAAUUGCCCCACAUAUGAGAAACAAAACAGGUUCAGAGAUGUCUUGUGAACCUCCCAUUCUCAUCAUUUCAGAAGAUGAUGCCUGGGAUAUUGACUCGACCACAUAUGCAGAUUGUGGGCACUUUGUGGACUGGGACCGGUUCCCCUCCUUCACAGAGGAAUGGAGGAGCCCUUCCCCUCAGGAGCUGCCCCACAGUCACAAGGAGCUGAAGAGAAUGGCCAGAGAGGGCAACUGGAGCAACAGGCGCAACCUGAGAGCUGAGGCCUACAACCACAUCAUCAAGAACAUCCGCUGCCGCUCAGGGACGCCGGACGCCAGUGUCUACCAUGAUGUGUCUGAACGACUGUUUGGCAGACGAGGGAUACAAGAUCACCUCUUGCCAGAUUUUUUGGACGGUUGCCUUCCCACUGUCUAUUGCCUCAACGCUCGAGGGGAGACGGCAGUUAAGAAGGUGCUUAUAUGCAUCGGAAACCAGUAUCCUGAUAUCACCUAUUCUCCCUCCUUGCCUUCCGUGGUGGCCCUUCUGUUGCACUUCAGUGAAGACGAGGCCGAGUGCUUCGAGAGGGCCUGCAGACUCAUCUCGUGUACAGAAAACCACAAGUGCUACGUUGACCAAAGCUUUCUGGCCUACGAGGCCUCAUGUAUGACCUUUGGGGACCUGGCCAAGAAGUACUGUCCGGCUGGGCACAAGUUAAUCACCACCAGCUGUGAGAACUCUGCCGAGGUCUUCUCCGACUGGAUCAUGUGGAUCUUCGGAGACUUGCCCUUCGAGUACACCAUCCGAGUGUUCGACAUCUUCCUCAUCGAGGGUAAUAAGGUUCUGUACCGGGUUGCACUAGCGCUGCUGAAACACUACAGGAGCCACCUGGAACAUGAGGUCACGGAUGUCCGGUCAGAUAUCCAAGACUUUGUAAAAAACAUCUCCCACCAUUUGUCGGUGCAAAAGCUUUUGGAGAAGGCAUUCAGCAUCAGGCUCUUCUCGCACAAGGAGCUUUGGCUUCUGCAGUUGGCCAAUAGGAAGGCCCUGUCCCAGCGAGGGAUCACGGUAAUGCAGCCCAGGCAGCCGGCUCACAUGUCUGUCGACCUGCUUGAGUUCAGUUCUGUGAUCGUCACGGCCCAGGAGAUGCGGGUCAUCUGGUCCUGGAUCCCAGAAAGGUUCUCCCUGUACCCCCCAGUUCUGCUCUUCUCCACCAUGGAGCACGGAUACAGCCUUCAGAGGUUUUAUUCUCACUGCGAAGGCUUCGAGCCCACAGUCCUACUUAUCAAAACAACAGGAGAAGAGGUCUGUGGGUCCUUUCUCUCUUCAGACUGGAAUGAGAGGAGGAAAUGUUCUGGACAGGUGGCAACAUAUUUUGGGACGGGAGAAUGUUUCGUAUUUAGUGUGAGACCAGAGAUGGAGAGAUACGAGUGGGUGGUGGUGAAGAAGCCAGAGUUGGUAAAGUCAGCCCCCCCAUCACCCUGCUCCCGCCCACGCUCUUAUUCUCACGGAUCCCGCGCCUCAACGUCUCCGCUACGUCCCUCAUCCCCAACCCUUUCUUCAGCACCCAGCAGCCCAUCGCCCUCCCCAAAUUUCCUGACAGUCCCUGGUGACGUCUCGAGUGGUCGGCUGUCUCCCUUCCUAUCCGUCAGGCACUUCCAGCUGCCAACUAAAACUGCCUCCAUGUUUAUGUCUGGGAACAGCAGCGGCAUUAUCAUUGGAGGAGGAGGCGGCCAAGCGCUGAAUAUCGAUGCCGACCUCAAUACGGGAAGGACGGAGCCCUGCGAGACAUUCGACAACCCCCCCCUCUGCCAGGAAAACUUCCACAUUCAGCACAUAGAGGUUUGGGGGUGCCAGAACUCCUGAUCCGGCUCUGGGAAACCAAUAUGGAACCCAACAGUACCGCUCCAACCUCUAGGGCAGUGGUUCCCAAACUGUGGGGCGGCCAAUCAGAGCCUUUGGUUAUGGGGGGGUCUAAAGGCCCAUUAUAAGAUACACCUGAAAGCCCAGCUUGAUGGCCAAUAAUAUUAGGAUUUGGGGGUGCUGCCCAAGAUAACCUUGGUACUGUGCAGUGAGGCCUAGGUGAGGGGGCCCUGAGGGGUCUCACAGAGGGGUCCCACAGAGGGUCUCACAGAGGGGUCUCACAGAGGGGUCUCACAGAGGGGUCUUACAGAGGGGUCUCACAGAGGGGUCUUACAGAGGGGUCUCACAGAGGGGUCUCACAGAGGGGUCUCACAGAGGGGUCUUACAGAGGGGUCUCACAGAGGGUCUCACAGAGGGGUCUCA